UUUAAAAUGAGGCUAUUUAAUUAGUUUUUAGGCAAUCACUUUUUAUUUUAUUAUAGCUUUUUCAAAACAAGAAUAUAUUUUUAAUAUAUAUUUUCUGCGUCUGCGCAGUGUCAUUUAUGUCGACCUUGAUGACCUCAUUUGCCGGCGACAAGAAAAAGUUAUUUCCUGCUCUGGUACCGAAGAGAUUUUAUGAGAACAUAGCAAACAGUUGAAGGUACUGUGUGUCCAGGCUUGGGAAGCGAGCCAGAACAAUAAUCUUGGCAUGGAUACGUUUGACAACACCAUAUUGUCGGUAUUGCAGGCUGCCAAUAUUGAUGAGGAAGCUUUGAAAAGCUUUAGCCGGGAUGACCUGAAGGAUCUUUUUCCUGGCCCUGAAAAUUUUCUCAAAAGAAAGAAGCUUUGGGAUUUCAUCAGUCAAAAGUGUGAAAGUGUUACUGAUCAAGAUGCCAACACUUGUCAUCGAAGUGGGAGAAAAGCCUUUCCUAGUGAUGUGCCACAAUGUCAGCCUCAAACCUCCACUCCCAUUUCCUACACUGCUGAUAAAAUGAUGAAAAUGCCAGACCCACCAGAGUAUGUGGUGUACACAGAUUCAGAGCUGGAUAUGGUGCGCAGUCAGUACUUUGCAUUGCUCCGCAAUGGAAAGGAAAAGGACUGUAAGAUGUCAAAGGAGCUCUGUUGCAGACUUAUAAGGAACACCGUUACCAGCAUGGUUGCAAUCCUCCGAGCUAGUCCCAUGGGGAAAGAAGUAAAUUACCCCUCCAAACUUGAAAUGAGAGCAAUGUCACAGAAGAUUGUUGAGUAUUACCCUAUGUUACGUGAUGCUGAUGCAUACAUGCCAUACCUGACCAUCUACACCAAACUGUACAAGCGACUGCAAAACAUGAGGUCUCCAAGGAAGAGGCAGGGUUCCAUGCCACAACGAGGCAAAGCCAAGAAGACUCUUUUCAGCUCAGAUGACACAGACAUUGGGACAGACGGUGACCUAAGCGGUGAAACAAGUGAUGGUACCAUAAUUCUUGAGAGCAAUGAUGACAUCAGUGAGGACAAUUCGAGUGCAGAGAAAUCACCCCUAUUGCAGUUACCCCCCAGUGUGUCAACAAAGCCAAGCAGUACCACCCUGGCUUCACUGACAUCAUCCAAGUCAGCUCGAUGCUCCACACCCAGGACUGUUACAGCUCCACCUCCUCCAACUGCACCCCCAGAGGAUGUUGUUGAUCAUGACAGUCUGAAGAUGCAGGCAAGGCACUACAAAACCUUGAGCAACAUGUACAAGAAGUCCAAUGCAAAACCCAACCAAAGCGAUGUUGCUCAGAUUUUGGACCUUGAAUUUGAGGCCAGGCGAGCUUUCAUUAAUUCAGAUGUUACAAGGGAAGAAGACCGACCCACAAAAGUCUUUGAGGCAUACCCAUGCUUCAAAGACAUUCAAAAUGUUAUGGGUGAACUGUGUCGCAUUGUUGGUGGCUCCAACCGCAAAUUUAUAGAGGAAAUGAAGGGUAGAUGGGCAGAGUUUUGUUCUAAGGUGCAGUUCUAUGGUGUGUGGAAGAAAAUCUUGAAACCUCCUCUUCCCUUGGAUGUGCAUGGAGUGGAAUUCACUAUUGCCCUCUUCGAUGCUCUUCCAUCACUUUUUCCUUCCCCAACUACACCACCAAAGCGGCUGGGAAAUGCCAGUGAGGCUCUCCUUCAUAUCCUUAAGCCCGGUGAAGAUGCUAUGUUAUACCUGCAGAAGCGGCCCCUCUCCUCCCCGGUGCUGCUUUUUGAUGGAACAUCCACCAUUGUUGCUGUGGGAAACGUACCAGUGAGCACUCUUCCAUUGGAGGAAUUUUGGGAAGGAAUGUUGGUGUUAAUGGCAUAUUACUACACUUUGCACUUAACAUACCCAAAAUGUGUUGCAACGCUCCUCUCUGUCAUACAAACUGAGGUUAUCUGUGAUACCAUCCAUAAUCAAGAUGCCACUAGCACAUAUAAAAGAGCAAUAGCUGAAUGGAAGUCCUUCUUUGGAAAAUAGGUGAAUGUGCAGCGUUUUAUCAGGUCAGAUGGGGUUGUUUGUUUUAUAGUACCUCUGUGUAGCUUUUCUUCAUGACUUGGCUAGCAAUGUUCUGUGUUUAUUUGCUAGAAGAGCUCUUAAACAGCACUUCACCUGAAGCAUGUUAAGGUUUAACUAAGCACUUUUGUUGAUUGUGCUGUUAUUAUUGCAAUGUGUGAUUGCCAUGUAAUUUGCAUUUGGGCCUUUAGUAGUAUUUUGUAGUAGCUUAAUUUUGUAGUAUUGUCAACAAUAUAUCGUUUAGUGAGCUUAAUAAAUGUUGACUAUUAUCGUACUGCUGUCCAGGUUGUGAUUUCUGUAGAAUACAGUAUAUUCUAAGAAUAAGAACUGGUUUAAAGUUUUUUGGGCUUAGUCUUAAUAUGGAUUUUGGUUUAUUUCAAGAUGAAUCAACUUGUUUCAAAAUGUAAC